UUAAGUGUCAAAAAUUUUUAGGUUAAUUCGUAACGUUACCGAAAGUUGUUAUUUGUUUGUUGUGAAUAUUGUGAUGAGUGAUUCGGAGGAAUCUAACAAAAAACGAUCGGUAGAAUCGGGCCAUGACUCCGAUUCCGAGGGCUUCGUGGGCCCUUCCUUAUCGGAAGCAGCCAAGCCGAAAAAACGUAAAACCCUCCAAUACGAAAACCUUUAUUUAGAUGCUCUUCCAUCGGCUGAAUCGUACGAAAAAAGUUAUAUGCACAGAGACGUUAUAACGCAUUGCGUGGUAACCCCCACAGAUUUCGUAAUAACAGCGAGUUGCGAUGGUCACAUAAAAUUUUGGAAAAAAAUGGAAACUGGAAUAGAAUUCGUAAAGCACUUUCGAAGCCAUUUAGGCCCCAUCGUUAAAAUUGCCUGCAACACCGAAGGUACUUUGCUUUGUUCCGCUUCGAUUGAUAAAUCGUUGAAGAUUUUCGACGUCGUUAAUUUCGAUAUGAUUAAUAUGAUAAGGUUGGAUUAUGUUCCGGGUACAAUAGAGUGGAUACACAAUUCUGGAGAGCCUAUACAUACUCUAGCUGUUUCCGACAAAGAUUCCUCGAAAAUAUACAUUUACGAUGGAAGGGAAGAUGGUAAACCCAUAAAGGUUUUGGAAAAAAUUCACAUGAAUCCUGUAUCAUUAAUGAAGUACAAUCAGAAAUUUGAAAUUGUCGUUUCGGCUGAUAAAAAAGGAAUGUUAGAAUAUUGGUGUGGGAAUAAGCUUGAUUUUAUUUUCCCCAAAAACGUCGCUUUCGACUCCAAAUUAGACACAGACCUGUUCGAAUUCGCUAAAAAUAAAACAGUUCCAACAGGCCUAAGUUUCUCCAACGAUGGAAGGAAAUUCGCCACGAUUUCAACAGAUAGGCGAGUUCGAGUGUUCAACUUUAUAACGGGAAAAUUGUUGCUGGUUCUCGAUGAAACCUUGCCCAGGUUUACGGAGCACCAACAGAAGACCCAGCAUUUGCCGAACAUGGAGUUCGGAAGGAGGAUGGCGCUCGAACGAGAUUUGGAGAAAUCGGAGAGCUUCGAAUUAGCCAAUAUAGUUUUCGACGAGAGCGGUUAUUUCAUCAUGUACGCUACUUUAUUGGGUGUCAAAUUAAUCAACAUUCACACAAACAGAUGCGUACGGAUAAUCGGCAAAGGCGAAAAUUUGAGGAUACUCAACAUAUCAUUAUAUCAAGGUUCGGCGAAGAAAUCCAAAGCUGCUGUAACUUUAGAAAUUGAAGCUUCGAACAACCCAACACUGGACGCUAUUAUACCUGACCCAACUCUUAUUUGUACUGCGUACAAAAAAUCCCGGUUUUACCUAUUCAGUCGAAGAGAACCGGACGAUUUGCAGGGCGACCAAGACAGGGACGUUUUCAACGAAAAACCAUCGAAGGAAGACUCUUUAGCUGCGGCCGAAAGCCCAGUCGUUCAAAGAUUAUAUGAAAACGCCAUUUUACACACCGUUUUUGGAGACAUUCAUAUGAAGUUGUUCGUAAAAGACACCCCGAAGACUGUGGAAAACUUCUGCGUUCACAGCAAAAACGGCUACUUCAACGGGCACAUAUUCCACAGGGUUAUAAAAGGAUUCAUGAUACAAACAGGGGAUCCAAGUGGUAACGGGACGGGGGGAGAAAGCAUAUGGGGCGGUGAAUUCGAGGAUGAGAUUAGGCCCCAUUUGAAACACGACAGACCUUACACAGUAUCGAUGGCUAAUGCCGGGCCGAACACCAACGGUAGCCAAUUUUUCAUCACGUUAACACCUACUCCUUGGCUGGAUAACAAGCAUACCGUGUUCGGAAGGGUGGUCAAAGGCAUGGAAGUUAUACAGAAUAUCAGCAAUGUUAAGACUAACGGGAAAACGGACAAACCUUACGAUGAUAUUAGGAUAAUUUCUGUUACUGUUAAGUAAAUUUAUAUUUGAAUGGUUUCCUUUGAUGUUGAAGGCCACAGGUGUUAAAUUUUAUCUAUAAAAGAAGAUGUCAAUUAAUGUUUAUAUAGGUUAGGUUUACAAUAAAAAU